AUAACAACAAAACGGCCGAAAACUGGGUCGCGAGGACACUUUUACAGAUCGGCCGCGCCCAGUGUGAGCGACCCGAGGACCUCAGCCUGUCGGUUUGAUGAAUGAACGUAGAUUUUGGCUUUUUCAUUUCGCGUUAUUUUUUGUAUGUUUUGUCGGACUGCUUCCUGCGUGCCCCAACAAAACGAGGGGAACGAAGACUAUGCGGCUAAAGCUAACAUGCUAAUUCACCCUAUACAUCUAUACGCAAAUUAAAUCUUGUACUUUCAUCGAUACUUACGCCUGGUUUCACAAAUAUACCGACAGAGAUGAUUUCGGCGCGUGGCGAUGAGUUUUGGUCUGUAGAUAUUUUAUGCUGAUAAGCUAACUUCUGUAGGCUGCACUAAAGUUUCUUUAGCUAAAUAUCUGAGCUCUGGUUUCACUAUAAAAUUAAAUAAUGCCGUUGUAAGGUGGUUAAUAGCUCGCUUAGCUGCUGCCCGGCUCAUUUAGUGAACUUGUGUGAGUCUUUGUUGUCGAGCUAUAAGUUAGCUUGUUAGCAGGACAUCACAGUGGCCAGGCCGCGGCCGAACUCUGCUGACAGGAGGCUCGAAAACAAAAGAUCCGCUCGCUCCUGAGCCAGCUCAUUCAUAACCAGCGGUCAUCACCUCCACCAUAACAUUUUAAAAAUCUUUUUAAUAACAUUCCUGCCUUUGAGUCUGUAGGCGUGGUGCGGAUUAUGCGAUUAGGCAACGAUUCUCAGUUGCCAAUUUUUCUGUUUGGCAGAACAUCCUGUUUUUCAGUUUCACCUCUAAUCUACAUUUGAUUGAUCAAAUCAGUAUUUCUAAUUUAGAUUUAAGUGACUAGGUCAACAACUUAAAGAAAAAAGGAGCUUUGCUUUUGAGAAAAUGCUCUAACUCUUCUUGGAGCACACACACCUGAAAAGAUUGCCUAUUUUGCACCAUAACAUUUAGGGGCCACUACAAAUGCCAGUAGGUGUUGGUCCUCUUUCACAGCACGGCAUCGCAGCGCACCCAGAGUCCAGUCCACCAUGUCAGAAACUCUGAUAACAGGGCAAACGUCGGAGGAUCUGCUGGCAGAUUUUGAGACGCUGCUGAACUCUGGGACCAUAGACCUGGGUGAGGAGCAUCAGAUAGUGAUCAUCACCAGCCCCAGCAACGAGGGGCUCCACCCGGCCGUCGCCCCGACCAGCACAGGGGAGAUCCUGCUCUUCGCCACGCCACAAGGCCCCGCCGACGGAGGGGUCCAGGACAAGAGGCGGCCGGUUCUCGGGAGACCUCCGGUAAAGAGGAAGUUGGACCUGGACAGCGACCAUCAGUAUGUCAGCACCACGCGACCAGCCACAGGCCAAGUGCCGCCCUCCACACCUGCUCCUCCUAGAGUUCCUCGAAGCUCAACAGAGAAGUCCCGAUACGACACGUCCUUAAACCUGACCACCAAGCGCUUCCUGAACCUGCUGUCGCAGUCGGCCGACGGCGUUGUGGACCUGAACUGGGCCUCCCAGGUUUUGGAUGUCCAGAAGAGACGCAUUUAUGACAUCACUAAUGUCCUGGAGGGAAUUCAGCUCAUCUCCAAGAAAUCCAAGAACAACAUCCAGUGGCUCGGCAACCGCAUCGAUGCCAGCCUUGUGUGCCGGCACAAGGAGCUGCAGAGGGAGGUGUGUGACCUGACUGAGGCCGAGGAGCAGCUGGACGAACUCAUCUCUAAAUGCACCCUGCAGCUGCGGCUGCUCACCGAGGAACCACAGAACAAGAAGCUGGGCUACGUUCGUUGUCAGGACCUGCGGCAGUCAUUCGACUCCCCAGACCAGCUGGUCAUGGUGGUCAGAGCUCCUCCAGAGACCCAGAUGCAAGUCACAGAGCCCACCGAGGGCUACCAUGUGUCGCUCAGGAGCACGCAGGGUCCCAUAGACGUCUUCCUCUGUCCAGAGGACAGCUCAGGCGUGUGCAGCCCCGUGACGGGAGGCAGCCCGUCUCAAAGCACCUCCGAUCCCUCCCACAAACAACCCCCCACAGGAUCCGUCGAGCCGGCACCACCGCCGGCCCCAACUGGAGCAGCGGCGCUGGACGUGGGCAUGUCUUCUCCAGCGUCCACCUCAUCCACGGUCACGGCGGCCUCCCAGCAGGAGGCUACGCCGCUGGUGCUCGGUGGGGACGCAGAGUCUCUCCUGGGGGGAGACCUGUUCUCCAGCCUGGGGGACAUCGGCCACUUCGACCUGUUGCCUCUCUCGUCGUCGGACCUCCUGAACGGAGAAGGCCUUCCUCUCCCGUUGGACAGUUUUAUCAACCUGUCCCCUCCCUACAGACACGACUAUCACUUUGGACUGGAGGACCAUGAAGGAAUCAGCGAACUGUUUGACUGUGACUUUGACGACUUGUCGCACGUUUUGGGCGACGGGUAGAUGGAGAAAAACGCGACUUAAAUUGUUCCCAAUUUAGGACUUUACCUUUCUGCUGAAGGAGAGCUGUGAACUAACAUUUCACAGUCCAAUCUUAGUUUUCCUUCCCUUUGGGCUCUGGGAAAUUGCCUAGUUAUGAAAUCUCAAAUUUGCCCUUAAUUGUAUAUACCAAUGUGAGCAAAUCUCUCUGGCUAUUUUUUUAAAUUUUGACCAGGAUUUCAGCUUUAGUAUGGCUAUUUAAAUUAUUUAUAUAAGUUUAUUUUGAUAUUUUGUACCACAUUGUUGGUUUAGGGUGUAUUAUCCAAGUAGACAUUGGGCAGAGGGAGAUUGGCGUUUCAAUUUGCAGCAACAUGACGUCUAGGAUUUUGUUCUCUUAACACUGAUUCCAGAUGUUUGAUAUUGCCUCAAAGGUCUUCAGGUUGAGGAGUUUUGACUGUCAAGGGAAGAUUGAUGGCCUGCUAUUAAAAAGCAUCCCAGAGGUUUUCAGAAUGAGAAUCAGCAGGAAAGCACAAGGUAAUCACAAGAUUCUCCAAACACUGGAAUCCUGCUAAACCAGAUCAUGUCAUAUCUAUGAUGAGAUGUUUUCAAAGAAAUUUUCAUUCAUUCUUCCUGAAGUUUUCUUCUCUGAUUACAUUGCAAGAAUAAUCUUUCUUAGAAUUUAUCAGUUUUGAAAACGUCUCUAGAGGAGAAACGGUGUCGAGGUGUGGGGAAACCAAGGGGUGACCGAUGAGGAGGAAUUUCUUAGCAUCCUGGUAAAAAGAGGUUCAAAAAGACCCAAUAUAAAUUCAUCCUUUAUUCUUGUGGCAUAAUCUCAAAACUGAAAAGUUUAGGAAAACAAGAUCUUUAUUUUGUUAAGAAAUAAUUGCAUUCUAGUCAAGAAGUCUGAAUUUCAACAUGGUGACAUCCAUCCACUGCAUUAGCUCUGACAAACAUUUUAAGCUUUAUUUUCCUUGAGUACCACUUUAAAUUUCUUCAUUGCAUCAUUCCAGGCUCUAUAUGUGUCAUUGAUUAAGAUGCAUUCUUCCACCUGUGUUCUGUAAACAUGCUUCCAUCACAUCUCACUACUGUAGAUGUUAGGAGUGGCCAUAUUGAAAUGCAAAGUCCACCUUACAAGCUGUAACUCGGGGCAGUCGGAGUUACUAAGUUUCCUCAGUGGGAAAUCCAGUUUCAGAGGGUAAUCAGUUGGUUUUUCUGACUGGGAAGACAUCAUUUUCCAUUUUUGAGUGCAUCUAUCAUGCAACAUUAGUCCACGGGUUUUCUAACAGAUUGAGGUCUGGCCAUUGAAUAUGCUUAUAUUGUGUCUGGUGAACCAUUCCCAUGUUGAUUGGACCUGAUGUUUGGAGUUAUUAUUAUAUUCUGACUGAUUUUCAGUUCACUGUGAGUCCAUCAGAUCUUUUUUUUUAUUCUUAACACUUGUUUUAUACUCCACGUCCAUAUUGUCAGGGCCACAGCAUCUCAGACUCUACUAGACUUCUCUUUCUUAUGGAAAGGCUUCAUCUCUUGCACCUUUGAGAUGAUAUGCUGGUGUAGGUUCCCGGUCAUCAUUGACAUGGCAGAAGGCUACUGGUCUUCUUCUGCUGUUUCACCUCUCCUCCAUAAAGCUUCAUUCAAAAAGCUUCUGAACAUUGUUGGAAGUAGCUGUCGCCUCCCUCAACAAUAUUGUUGUUAAGGUCGUAAAUAUGGCAAUUAGGACACGAAUCACUAGCUACGUUUCCAUUUAACAUAUUGUACAAUUUGACAUCUAGAAAAUAAAUGUGCAAUUUCCAAUCUUGAAAAAGCUUGUUUUUUGAUCAAAUGUUUUGGUGCUAGGAUGGUGCAAAGGGUUUUGACCGUAUAAAAUUGGUUUAAUUUGCAGAACUGCAACAGAAACACUAUUUUGGCCUCAUAUGAUCCACGAGCGGAUGCUGCCACUGGUGCAAACUAUGAAGAAGAAGGAAGCAGUUGGAGGAUAAUGGCACAUGAAUUAUUCACGAGUGAUUUUGAAUUCCAUUUCUUAUUUAAUAAAAACACUACAAUUGCAAAAUUGUGGGUUUUUUUAGACAUCAGCACAAUACCAACAAAGUUUUACUCACUUUAAAAUGGAUAUGCAACUACUGGUGCUUCCCCUCUAAAUGUUUGGAUUGUUGUUGCUUUUUAGAUGAUGAUCUCAUUUUAUGAUUUCUAAAUGGUUGUUAUGCCUUGUGAUCAACUGUUUACCAACCCACUGAUAUUAUUCUUGUGUUGCAACAAACCACAAUGAACUGUAAGCAGUAGAAUGCUAUCCUGGUGUCAGUGUUGAUGUUUUGUGUCAGGUCAAAAAUGAAGACGGCUGAAUGAUGAAGAUCGUUGAUCAUCAGAUAAUGAUAUGCUGAGGAUGGUGUUCAGCACCUUUUCUUGCAUUUAAAGCACUGUGUGCAUUAAAACUGUAUGUUUGAAGCAAGAGAGGAGAAACCCCCGUAGAGAUGUGACGCAUACCGAUCAGGUGAACCCUGAAAAGUAACACUGCCUCUUUGGUUCUGUAAUCCCAGCGGCAUGCUGUUAAACCACAACACAGGAUUGUUUGUGAUCUCUUCAGGUCGACUGAAUGAAAUGAUAACGGGUUGCUCAGGGUCGCUCGUUUAUUGAACUAUGAUCUGAAAUGGUUUUCAGUCUCAUCAGACCAAUCCAAACAUUUUCAGAUUAAAUUCAAGAAGAAUUUUAGCAAACUUCAUAUAUCUUGUCACGGAAGGACAUUUUCCCCAAACAUAAAUGGCAUAUAAUUGUUGUUAUGGCGACUUGGUGACUCCGAGGUGACACAUUUUGCAACUGUUGUCUGAACAGUGAGCUUUGGAGAUAUUUCUGCCCUUUUGGACCGUCCUUCUCACUAUUGGACAUACUAGUGUCAAAACAUAAUGGGAAUGUGUGAAUUGAAAACAAUAGAUUAUGUUGAAACAACUACUUUUCUCUCUACAUAAUAAAUUCUCUAAACGGCAGGGAUUUUAAUUUUAGAUGAGAUUAUGCCGCUGCAAUAAAAGAUUUAAGUAAGGUUUUUUUUGUUUGUUUGUUUUUACCAGCGAUGCCAAGAAGUUUGUUUCCAUGGUGUGCUUCAAGAAGGGUUUUGUGUGUUUUAUUUUCAUUUACAUGUCUAGCAGAAGAUCUUAGACGUUCACCUGCUGGAAGACAUGGAGCUUUAGUGUAAAUCUCAAAGUUUACACAGUGGGCUGUGUAUCACUCUGCGUUGCUGCUGGCGUUAGGAAAGAUUAGGUGGAAGUUUCAGAUUUGGGGAAAAAGGAAAGCAGAAACGAGGACGUCUUGUUGUUUUUCAGUAAAUGCACUUCAGAUCGGCUCAGUAUUGAUCAUGCCUUAAAUCAGUUAACUAUCAGGUAGAAGGGAGUCAGUCGUCUUCAUCUUGACUGAAACUCUUCAUUCAUGUUUCCCGCUUCAAUUGCAUCAAAUUGCAUCUUCAUAUUUGAUUACAAAGCUUGGAGAAACUGUCCGCUUUCAGUUUAGAUCAGCAAUAAGGCAUUUUCUCGAUAUAUCAGUUGUUUCUCAUGCAAAGUUGUACAUGUAAAAUCUUUGUCUUAAGUUAUGUAAGCUAACCAUUUUAUUUUAAUUGUUUUGCUUUGUAAGCAUUGGUCUUUGAUGUGUGUGAGUGUUUGUGUUCAUAUUUAUUUUUUGUUCUGGAAAAGGGUUUAGGAGGCAUAAAGGUACAGGUAAAUUUCAUUCUGUCUAGAGAGUAGAGACUUUAUUUCAAAUAUCCCCCCAAUUGUGAUAUUUUUGUAAAUCUCUACCUUAUUUUGUGCAUAUUUAUAACUGAAUGUUUUUCCCCGUCCUAUUUAAAUGACAUACUGCAUUUUCUCCACAUUUUCCCAUCGCCUCUGAGUGUCAUGGGAUUGGUUAAUGACUCCUAAACAAGGUACAAAUAACUUCAGAAAGAUGGAAAGUUUUGUUUAUUGAUAAACAUUUAUUACUUUAAGCUUGAAUUGUAAAAUUGGUUUGAAACAAAAAUAUUUGUCACAAGUAGAAUUUCUAAUCUGAAAUUAGCCAUUUUUUUCAGUUUCAUGCUUCAAACUUCUUUUAAAGUGUAAAAUCUUUAUAACUAAUAUUGUAUUUUAUCUUAAAAUACAGUCUAUAACAUGUAACUAUUGGGAAUUUGUUUGUUCGGCCUUAAACUCUGAGCGGCAGAUGACCUGUAGAGUUGGCAACGCCGUCCCUCCGUGUGAUUUGUGUGUUUUUCUCUGCAGGACGAAGGCAGUGCCUUGUUGAGGUAAAGUGGUGAUUGUUGAGCGUUUGUGUUGUGGUGAAAGAAUGUGUGGUGUGCAGGUGGUGUUCGAUAAAGUUUGCACCUUUUAAACUUUUUAAAAUUUCAAUUGUGUUGCAGUUGUAGAAAUCAGAGGCUUGCAUUAUGUGAGAACGAUUAUAAAUGGCUUUUUAAAAAAAUACUGGGACAGGGAUGUGACAGGUUAUUCGGGAAAAGGACAUUCAAUCCAAUUUUUAUAACACUAUGCUAAAAUUAGAUUUUUUAUUUUCUGACAAAGUCAAUUUGGGAUACAAAUGAGGACAAAAGAACUAGUAUUAUUUCAGUCUAUGCUAAUAAAUAUUGCUGUUUGCUAUGUUAUGGGAACCAUACUCAUGCAACGGCGUACUCAUUGCUGCGUUUGUGUGUGUGUGUGUGUGUGUGUGUUUCCAGAGUUACAGAUUUGUUUCAGUGCCCUUUUGUAUCAAAUUCUCCAUGUCAAUGUUUUUGACACAAAUAAAAGUUGACUAUUUUGAUCUGA